CCCGCCACACCAAUCCCAACAUCACCACGGCCGGCCUGCUGACCGGCACUUGGCACCCCUACAGUCUCCUACGUACUUACCCAGUCCUCCCUAGUAGCAUCGGGACCACCCCAUUUACCCCAAACGCCCCUCACCAGACCGUCUCACGUGCUGUCCAGUCCCGGGAUUCUGCUAUUUCUCUCCUGUCGCAGCUGGUUCACGUCCCUUUCUCCGAGGAGACUAGCCGUGGCUGAUGACUCUGCUGGCCUCAACGUAUCUUCCAUCAUCGUCGGCGUUGUGUCAAUUACCUAAGGAAUCGAGACGCCCUUUCUAGCCUCGAAAAUGUUUUACCAGUUCCAAGGCGUUCAAGACAGUGACCGCUCGCCACCGUCUCAAGGCGACACUUCGCAAGCCAGGAAGCCUGGAAAAAGUCCCCAUGCCUGCGUCGAGUGCCAGCGCCGCAAGAUUCGCUGCGAUGGUAGCCAUCCUUGCCGUCAGUGUCUCUCCAGCCGCUCCGAGAAGCGAUGUGUCUAUGACAAGCAUCGCCAGCGAGUUCUUCCUUCAAAAAAAAUGCUGGAAGACUUGUCACAGAACCUUGAGGAGUGUCGCACAGUCUUGAGGCGUCUGUAUCCCAAUCACCAAGUCAAAUCUCUCCUCCCUCUGUCCAGACAAGAACUAUGCAAUCUCUUGGGCCAACCAGGAGAGGCGGAGACGAUUGAUGUCCUACCAUCUCCCUCACUCAGCACGCUCGAAAAACCACUCGGUUUUGAGCAAAUGCCUACCGAAGAGUCGGAAUGGGACGAAGAGCGGCGAGAUCGAGAUCCUAUACCUGCAGAGGCCGAUGAUAUCAACGCCCUGUCACUUACCAUGGAUAGAACAACCUCAUAUCUCGGCGCAUCUUCUGUCAAAGCCGCAUUGAUGGUCAUGCUCAAGGUUGAACCUCGACUGCGAGCAGCCUUGGCGUCGCCUCCGAAAGUUCCUGGCGAGAAAACAAAUGGCGGUCCAGUUUUCUGCCACCUCGUCAAACCCCCAAAGGAGAACUCUCCAAUCGCAUGGACUUGGAAGGGCCAGACAUUCGUUGAUGCUUAUUUCAAGCGCUUGCAUAUUUUCACUCCAAUGCUCGAUGAAGUUACGUUCCGCGCAGACUACCUCAAAGGUCAGAGGCAGGAUGCACCUUGGCUUUCUUUGCUGAACAUGGUGUUCGCCAUGGGCAACAUCAUGGCUACAACAUCAAGCGACUUGAACCACGUCAAGUAUUAUAACCAGGCCAUGGAACAUCUCCAUCUCAGCUCCUUUGGAAGCAGCCAUAUCGAGACUGUACAAGCAUUGAUCCUUCUAGGUGGCCAUUACCUCCAUUAUAUGAACCGGCCGAACAUGGCCAAUGCUAUUCUGGGCGCGGCAAUCAGAAUGGCAAGCGCGCUGGGUUUACAUCGGGAAUCCCUCACACAGAAAAGCGGCGGUGUUGCAGUGGCAGAAACACGGCGGCGAACAUGGUGGUCCUUAUUCUGUCUUGAUACAUGGACCACGACGACCAUGGGCCGUCCCUCAUUUGGACGAUGGGGACCUGCAAUCAAUAUUCAACCCCCAAAGUUGAUCACUAAUGAGGAGGACCAUGACUCCGCCCAGCACGCAGGCAUCAUGCCGCUUCUUGAAAACAUCAAAUUCUGCAAAAUCGCCACGCAAAUCCAAGAUGUUCUCGCGUUGUCACCUCUUCUAAACAAGGAAGACCGUGGCCAUCUAGAUGGACUGCUGGUCGACUGGUAUAACACAUUGCCGUGGCUCCUCCAAACUACAGAACCUUGCGCAGAGCCACUCAGCCUCUCUCGAUGCAUUAUGAAGUGGCGGUAUUGGAAUCUACGUAUUCUGCUUUAUCGCCAUACUCUCCUCACUCUGGCCAGUAACAGCAAAGGUUUGACGAUGACUGAGCACGACGUUUCUGCAAUAGAAACAUGUCAAGAACUUGCCAAGGCGACAAUUGAUGAUAUAAAAACAGAGUGGAUGCGACAUCAGAUGUCUGGUUGGAAUGCUGUGUGGUUCCUAUACCAGGCUGUCAUGAUACCCUUGGUUAGCAUUCUAUGGCAACCUAAAAGCCCGUCACUCCCCGAGUGGCAGAGCCAGGUUGAGACAGCCCUAGGGCUCUUUGAUGCCAUGGAGGAUUGGUCACUUACAGCACGCCGGAGCCGAGACGUCGUGUGCCAAAUAUAUAAUGCGAGCUGCCAAUUUUCCGGUCACGAUAGUAGCCCUUCGCAGGGCGGGCACGGCGAACAGGGCCAAAUGGUAGAAAGCAUUCAUGCGUCGCCUAUUGGCCUUGAGACAGAUGACGUGGUCAACAUGCUAGAUCAAGACUGGUUGUGGGAUGUUGACGGUCUGUUUUGGGAACAACAAACCCUACUGCCAGUUGAGGAUGGCAUUUUUGGAGUUGAAAGCGACAUGAUGUCUGGAGACUAUUUGUCUUUAGACAGGGAUGGCGCGUAUGCUAAUAUGGAAAGUAUAUAACGAUGGAAUUCGCAGGAUUGAAUAAUGAAUGAUAUCUGGACUGGAGCGUCGACAGAUGGAUAACCUCGCUUGAAUGGAUUAGCUAUGUACAUUAAGGACAGUAAAUUCUGGUGUAGGGGCAUGAAAGCACAGGGCUGAUGAUAA